AUGUCCAUUGCAGAUGGCUACGAUCCCGAUGACCACCUUCCUUCUGGUAACACUUCCGAUGAUGUCGAAGACAACAUUGAAACCUUAUCUACAGCACCAACUACAGCACCUACUUCGGAAGAGACCAACAGUGCGUCUCCUUCCCACAUACCAGUAGGAGAUAGACAGAAAUAUGUAAUUCCUGCAAGAAGGACUCGGCGUGAUGUAGUGAGAUCGGAAAUACCAGCGGAAACAGCUUCAACACCAUCUAAGCGACCAAAUAGGAAAAGACAGAAGCCUUAUUGGAUGAACAGAGGGGACUUUGUUACCAGCAGUAUAGAAGCUGUAGCAGUAGCAGUUGCUGUAGCAGUUGCAGUACAUGUAGCUGUAGCAGUUGCAGUAGAUGUAGCUUUAGCAGCUUUAGCAGUUGUAGUAGAUGUAGCUGUAGAAGUUGUAGUAGAUGCAGCUGUAGCGGUUGCAGUAGAUGUAGCUUUAGCAGUUGCAGUAAAUGUAGCUUUAGCCGUUGCAUUAGAUGUACCUUUAACAGUUGCAGUAGAUGUAGUUGUAGCAGUAGCAGCAGAUGUAGCUUUAGCGGUUGCAGUAGAUGUAGCUUUAGCGGUUGCAGUAGAUGUAGUUUUAGCAGUUGCAGUAGAUAAAGCUUUCGCAGUUGCAGUAGAUGUUUCUUUUGCAAUUGCGGUAGAUUUAGCUGUAGAAGUUGCAGAAGAUGUAGCUUUAGCAGAUGAAGUAGAUGUAGGUUUAGCAGUUGCAUUAGACGUAGUUGUAGCAGUUGCAGUAGAUGUAGCUGUAGCAGUUGCAGUAGAUGUAGCUGUACCAGUUGCAGUAGUUGUAGCCGGUUCAGUAUAUGUAGUUGUAGCGAUUGCAGUAGAUGUAGCUGUAGCAGUUGCAGUAGAUGUAGCUAUAGCAGUUGCAGUAAAUAUCGCUUUAGCUGUUGCAGUAGAUGUAACUUUAGCGGUUGCAGUAGAUGUAGCGGUAGCGGUUGCAGUAGAUGUAGCAGUAGCAGUUGCAGUAGAUGUAUCUGUAGCGGUUGCAGUAUAUGUAGCUGUAGCAGUUGAAGUAGAUGCAGCUGUAGCGGUUGCAGUAGAUGUAACUGUAGCAGUUGCAGUACAUGUAACUGUAGCAGUUGCAGUAGAUGUAGAUGUAGCUGUAGCAGCUGCAGUAGAUAUCGCUUUAGCUGUUGCAGUAGAUGUAACUUUAGCGGUUGCAGUAGAUGUAGCUGUAGCGGUUGCAGUAGAUGUAGCAGUUGCAGUAGAUGUAUCUGUAGUGGAUGCAGUAGAUGUAGCUGUAGCAGUUGAAGAAGAUGUAGCUGUAGCAGUUGAAGUAGAUGUAUCUGUAGCGGUUGCAGUAGUUGUAACUGUAGCAGUUGCAGUAGAUGUAGCUGCAGCUGAAGCAGUUGCAGUAGAUAUCGCUUUAGCUGUUGCAGUAGAUGUAACUUUAGCGGUUGCAGUAGAUGUAGUUGUAGCGGUUGCAGUAAAUGUAGCUGUAGCAGUUGCAGUAGACGCAGCUGUAGCGGUUGCAGUAGAUGUAGCUGUAGCUGUAGCAGUUGCAGUAGAUGUAGCUGUAGCAGUUGCAGUAUAUGUAACUUUAACAGUUGCAGUAGCAGUAUCUUUAGAAAUUGCAGUUGCAGUAGUUGUAGCUUUAGCAGUUGCAGUAGUAUUAGCGGUUGCAGUAGAUGUAGCUGUAGUAGUUGAAGUAGAUGUAGCUGUAGCGGUUGAAGUAGAUGUAGCUGUAGCGGUUGCAGUAGAUGUAGCUGUAGCAGUUGCAGUAGAUGUAGCUGUAGCAGUUGCAGUAGAUUUAGCUUCAGCAGUUGCAGUAGAUGUAGCUUUAGCAGUUGCAGUAGCAGUAUCUGUAGCAGUUGCAGUAUAUGUAGCUGUAGCAGUUGCAGUAGAUGUAGCUUUUGCAGUAGUAGUAGCAGUAGCUUUAGCAGUAGCAGUUGCAGUAGAUGUAGCUUUAGCAGUUGCAGUAGAUGUAGCUUUAGCAGUUGCAGUAGAUAUAGCUUUAGCGGUUGCAGUAGAUGUAACUUUAGCGGUUGCAGUAUAUGUAGUUGUUGCGGUUGCAGUAGAUGUAGCUGUAGCAGUUGCAGUAGAUAUUGCCGUAGCAGUUGCAGUAGAUUUAGCUUUAGCAGUUGCAGUAGAUGUAGUUUAUAGAUGUAGCUGUAGCAGUGGAACUGUAGCGGUUGCAGUAGAUGUAGAUAUAGCAGUUGUAGUAGAUGUAGCUUUAGCAGUUGUAGUAGAUGUAGCUGUAGCGGUUGCAGUAGAUAUAGCUUUAGCAGUUGAAGUAGAUGUAGCUGUAGCGGUUGCAGUAGAUGUAGCUGUAGCAGUUGCAGUAGAUGUAGCUGUAGCAGUUGCAGUAGAUGUAGCUUUAGCGGUUGCAGUAAAUAUAGCUGUUGCGGUUGCAGUAGAUGUAGCUUAUUGCAGUAGCAGUAGCUAUAGAAAUUGCACUUUAGCAGUUGUAGUAGAUGUAGCUGUAGCGGUUGCAGUAGAUGUAGCUAUAUCUGUUGCAUUAGAUGUAGCUUUAGUGGUUGUAGUAGAUGUAGCUGUAGCGGUUGCAGUAGAUGUAGGUUUAGCAGUUGCAGUAGAUGUAGCUUUAGCGGUUGCAGUAGAUGUAGCUGUUGCAAUAGUUAUAGCUUUAGCGGUUGCAGUAUAUGUAACCCUAGCGGUUGCAGUAGAUGUAGCUUUAGCUGUUGCAGUAGAUUUAGCUUUAGCAGUUGCAGUAGCAGUAGCUGUAGCAGUUGCAAUAUAUGUAGCUUUAGCGGUUGCAGUAGAUGUAGCUUUAGCGGUUGCAGUAGCAGUAGCUCUAAAAGUAACAGUAGCUGUAGCAGUGACAGUAACUCUAGCAGUUGUAGUAGCAGUAGAAGUAACAGUAACAGUAGAUUUAGCUGUAGCAGUAAAGGUAGCAGAAGAUUUAGCUGUAGCAAUUUUAGUAGAUGUAGAUGUAGCAGUAACUGUAGAUGUAGUUGUAACAGUAACAGUAGAUGUAGAAGUAGAGAUGCAGUUGAUGUAG